AUGGCGGCCACCAUUACUACUGCCACUCUUGAUUCGGGUGCGCUCUACAUGCUAGCAGUCAUACUGCUGGUUCUUUCUUUACAAGGAUCUCCCGCUGGAGCUACCGAUACGAUCACGGCGACGCAGCCGCUCUCCGGGCAACAGAAGCUGGUCUCCCAGGGUGGCAAGUUCGCUCUGGGGUUUUACCAGCCAGGUGGUGGACCCCAAGACAAAUGGUACAUUGCAAUAUGGUACAACAAGGUGCCGAAAGUCACUCCGGUGUGGAUAGCCAAUAGGGAGGCGCCCAUCUCCGACCCGGCCUCAUCAGUGUUGACUAUCUGGACAGAUGGCAACUUGGUUCUUCUCAAUAAGUUUAGGUCCAUAGUUUGGUCUAGCAACAUCACAAUCACUGCAGGAGCCUCCAACGCCACCGUCAUCGUUGCUGUGCUCCUCAACACCGGCAACCUAGUUCUUGCACAUGCAUCCAACACCUCCAGCAUGUUGUGGCAAAGCUUCGACCACCCCACCGACACCCAACUUCCCGGCAUGAAGUUUGGACGUAACAAGGUCACAGGCGCGAGCGACCGCCAAGUCUCAUGGAGAGACCAUGCGGACCCGUCUCCGGGCAUCUUCUCAAUCGUGAUGGACCCGAACGUCGAGGCACAGUACUUGUUCAUAUGGAACAACUCUCGGCCGUAUUUCACCCCCGGGAAGUUCAACCCCCAGACAGGCGCAUUUAGCGGCAUACCAGCAAUGACAGCUAUUUCUCAGCCGAACUCGAUAUACUCGUACGAGUAUGUCAGCAACGACAGGGAGGAGUACUUCCUGCUGACGAUCAAGGACGACGCCAUCUUCCUCCGCACCGUGAUUGACCCAUCCGGCCAGCAAAAGGGGAUGGUGUGGCUGGAGGAGAAGCAGGACUGGAUGCUGUACUUUGCGCAGCCCGAUCCGUGCGCCGUCUAUUCCUUUUGCGGGGCUUUCAGCUGGUGCGCCAUGGGCAGCGUCCCAAUGUGCAGCUGCCUUAGAGGCUUCAGUGCACAGAGCCCAACUGAGUGGAGCUCAGGAAACUACACUGGAGGCUGCACCAGGGAUGUUGCAUUGCCGUGCAGCUCGAGCGGCGGAAGCUCAGUGCCAUCAGUGAGUAGAAGACAUGAGGAGGAUAGAUUCUACAUGAUCAGCAACGUGAGGUUACCUGAUGGGUCGCAGACCGUGCAAGCUGCGAGCAAAAGUGACUGUGAGGUAGCCUGCCUUGACACCUGUUCUUGCUUGGCUUACUCUUACAACGGCACCUGCUCUUUUUGGCACACUGAUUUGAUGAACCUGCAAGAAGAUCCAGACAGCAAAGGGGAUAGCAUUUUCAUCCGGCUUCCGGCUUCUGAGAUCCCGCGCACCAAAUCUACUAGAGGGCGGACAAUUGGGGUUGUCAUAGCAGUCUCUGCACUCGCAUUGGGUGUAUGCCUUGUGGCUGUUUCACGUCUUCUCCGUAGGAGAAGAAGGAUCAAGGGUUUACAUUACAUUGGCGUGAACCUGACAGCUUUCAGGUACAGAGACCUACAGCUGAUAACCAGGAACUUUUCUGACAAGCUAGGCGGAGGCUCUUUCGGCUCCGUGUUCAAAGGAGUCCUUCAGGAUGGCACUGCUGUGGCAAUCAAGAAGCUCGAAGGUGUCCGUCAAGGCGAGAAGCAGUUCCGGGCAGAGAUGAGCACAAUUGGAAAAAUUCACCAUGUGAACCUGAUCCGACUGCUGGGGUUCUGCUCCGAGGGAGAGCACCGGCUGCUCGUCUACGAGUACAUGCCACAUGGUUCACUGGAUGGGUACCUGUUCAAGACUAGCUCUGAUGACGUACUUCCUGCUUGGAACACGAGGUACCAAAUAGCCAUUGGGAUUGCCAAAGGGCUAACUUACCUGCACGACAAGUGCAGGGACUGCAUCAUCCACUGCGACAUCAAGCCGCAAAAUAUUUUGCUGGACGCAUCUUUUGCCCCCAAAGUGUCGGAUUUCGGGCUGGCGAAGCUGCUAGGCCGGGACUUCAGCAGGGUCAUGACGACGAUGCGGGGGACCAUCGGGUAUCUGGCACCCGAAUGGAUCAGCGGCACGGCCAUCACAGCGAAAGCCGACGUGUUCAGCUACGGGAUGUUGCUCUUCGAGAUCAUCUCGCGGAGAAGAAAUGUGGAGUACGGGAAGCAGCACACGGACAAGUUCUUUCCGAUACUGGUUGCAGAGAAAAUUCAGGAAGGAGACGUGAAGGCGGCGCUGUUGGAUGCUGACAUGAGGGGAGACGCCAACUUGGAGGAGCUCGAGAGGGCCUGCAUGGUUGCCUGUUGGUGCGUCCAGGAAGACGAGUCGUCGAGGCCGACCAUGGGAGCAGUUGUGCAGAUGCUGGAGGGCCUCCUGCAGGUUAAUAUGCCCCCAGUUCCACGAUACCUUCAGGUUCUUGCUGAUUCUGCGGACAAAUCAGCAAUACACUCUUGGACCGAAUUAUCACCAAGCUUGUAGAGCGUAUACAUGAGAGAAAAUAUCCUAUCCUGAUGCAUGAUGAAUUUUUC